CCCUCCGCACACACACACACACACCACAACACAGGGGGGAAUAAAGUGCACAGAGUGUGUGUGCUGUGCGGUGAUAAGCAGAGGACCAGGCGGCUGUGACUUCAUCCCACAACACGUCGCUCCGCUCAUGCUCCGUCCCUCAGACGCCAUCGUGCACUCAUGAUGCGCUACUCCAGCUGGCUGAUCGGCGUGAAACACAGAGCGAGCCUCCGAAAUGGUCCCAAACCAGCAGCGCACUGGGACUGCGGGCAGAGGGGGCAUCGGGCGGAGGCGAAGAUCAACAACCCGGAGCACAUCAUCCACAUCUGGAAGAGAGGCUACAAAACGAUCAAGAAAAUCGGGGAGGGCACUUUUUCAGAGGUGCUGAAAACCCAGAGCCUGAAAGAUGGGAAGUUCUACGCAUGUAAAACCAUGAAGCAGACGAUUAACAGUCUGGAACAGGCCAACAACCUGCGGGAGGUCCAGGCCAUGAAGAGACUGAGCCCUCAUGCAAAUAUCAUCCAGCUACAUGAACUGAUUUUUGACAAAGAAAGUGGGACAGUGCAUCUGAUUUGUGAGCUGAUGGAGAUGAACAUCUAUGAGUUCAUACUGGGGAGACACACUCCGCUGCCGGACCACACAGUAAAGAAUUACAUGUACCAGUUGUGCAAAUCACUUGAACAUAUGCACAGCUGUGGGAUCUUUCACAGAGACGUGAAGCCAGAAAACAUUCUCAUCAAACAAAACGUCCUGAAGCUCGGGGACUUCGGCUCCUGUCGGAGCGUGUACUCCAAGCCGCCGCACACAGAGUACAUCUCCACGCGCUGGUACAGAGCUCCAGAGUGCCUCCUCACCGACGGAUACUACAGCCUGAAGAUGGACAUCUGGAGCGUCGGCUGUGUCUUCUUCGAGAUCAUGAACUUGAAUCCACUCUUCCCUGGAGCAAAUGAGUUGGACCAAGUUACCAAGAUCCACGACGUGCUGGGGACGCCAGACCAAUCUCUUCUCCAAAAGUUCAAGAAGUCUAAAGCGAUGCACUUCAACUUCCCUCCCAAAAAAGGCACAGGCAUCUCCCGAUUGAUCCCUAACUGCCCAGCCCCGGCUCUGUCGCUGCUCUAUCAGAUGCUCGCAUACGACCCCAAUGAACGCAUCUCAGCAGAAACAGCCCUGCGGCACACAUACUUCAGAGAAGCCCGGCUGGCAGAGAAGAAUGGCGAGCCUUUCCUCAGAGCUUCUGGGGCGAUAGAUGGAGAAGAGAGUGGUGGGACCCACAGCUCCAUGGACCACAUCUGUCGCCCGAGCAAACUUGGCAAACAGCUGAGGGGAAGACACGCCCGGCAAACACCUUUAACGAGUCACAACAUGAAGCAUGUAGCAGAGCCCGUCAUCAAACGCAACAUCACUCAUUACUGCACUGCGCUGCCCAAGAUCAACAUGGUCGCCCCGCGGCCACAGAUCCCCUACCACUCGUCCACCCUGCCUGCGUUCACCGUCACUCACCGAGGCACACUGCCAGCCCUCACGUCCAAGAAGUGCCAGUCACUGUUGACCAAGCCCCGGGAUGAGUCACCCCACGCAGCUUUGAAGACCUACUGCGUGCCACCUCUGGACAGGAAACACCGAGGCUACUGAGCCCCAAAACAUGUCGGCUUCAGGUUUAACCUCUGAGCCUCUUACUGUACUGAGGAAACGGAGGACAGUGUUUGGACGGGCCUGAUGUUGAGACGUGUAAAGCAACGCAAAGAUGUUUGAGAAAGAUAUGCAACGAGGAACGAGUCCGUCAACUUACCAUUAACGCCCACGACACCGAACUGUUCAGUGUGAUCUCUACACAGACGGUACAGACUGAGGAUGAGUUUGUUUAGUUUCACUCGUCAGGUCAUACAUGUUUACAGCUGUGGACACUUCAAUCUAAGCCUCUUACACCAGCUAAGCAAUAAGAUAUUUGAUAAUAAGUAAAAGGAAACUUAAAGGUCCAGUGUGUAAGAUUUAGGUCAAAGGGUUUAUUGGCAGAAAUUGAAUAUAAAAUAAUCCUAGUGAUGUUUUCAAUUGUGCGUUUCAUCUAAAUUGUACGAAUUGUUGUUUUCUUAACCCUAGAAUGAGCCCUUUAGAUUUAAAUUCUUGAUAUUUACAUCGGGAGAGGGUUCCUCUCUACGGAGGCCGCCAUGUUUUUCCCAAUAGCCCAAACUGGACGAACUAAACACAUUUUGACAACCGAAGGCUCCCAGUGGUUCCCUUUUAUGUUUGGAAGGGGAGCAGUAUUCAGCUGCAACAUGCAACUACACCACUAGGUGUCACUAAAUUCUACACACUGAACCUUUAAAUGGUGCAACAUUUAGACAAGGAACAUGAUGAACUUAUCGUACACAAAUUAUAGCGACUUUAAAUAGCUGUCACACCCUUUGGAUUUGAUCCAGUUGUUAUUUUAAACACAAACUAUUAGAUAUGCAUACUAUGGCUGUAAUCAACCAAUCACUGAAAUGUGUAGUCUCUACAAUCAGAUUCAAGUGUAAAAACAAAUUCCAAGUAUUUAUCACCUUUCGCUGUGUGAAGGAAGCAUCACAAAAAUAAAAUGACACAGCAGCUUUAAUCAAUAAGCUGUGAUUCAAAGUUGUCAGGAAAUGAAACAUGAGGAAGUCCAAGGGCAGGGUUGAAAAUGUGUCAUAGGUAAAAUAUGAGGUCAUUUAUAUCGGAAUAGAGUCUCCUUGCAGUAACAGUGAAUCAUUUCCUCCAGAGGAACUGAUUUGAGGGCAGAAGUCUUCCUGUGCAAAAGCAAACAGCAAAAACAUUCACAGUAAGUUCUUCACAAUUAGUCUACACUAUUAGGAGAAGUGAUUUAAAGGCACAUUUUUUCAUCCAGGUAUAAAUUAAACAAACAAUGGAAACCACAAAAAAUACACAAUUGGAAGUGAAUAACGAAAACAUUACUUUUCAGAUCAGUUAUGUACAUGACAAAUGUAUUUGUAUAUUCUAAUCUUGCAGGUUAUUUUGUAUUGCUAUGUUCAGAAUGUAGCUUCACUAAUACCUUCAUAACCCCCCCCCCCACUUAAAACAAUGUGGCUUUAAAAAGUCAUAGUUCCCUUUAGAGCUGUGAGCUCAUAAAUAAUGAACCGUGACAAAAUCUGCACUUUAUUGUGAUGGAUUAUCACAGUAAAAAAAAAAGAAGGAAUCUAGUAUCGUUUGAAUGUUGUUAUUAACCUGAAAUUCUUAAUAAUUUGCUCUCUGAUGUGUCUUUACCUACUUCGGACACCCACGUGCUAAAAUUGAUGGAAACUGAUUAUUUUUUAAUGUUUAUUAAAAAGGGAAAUGUAAAAUGA